ACCAUUUUUAUACAAGUGCCAUCGUAUACAAAGUAUCACGAAAGCUUACUUAAUUUUCAGAAGCCCGAAAAUAAUCCCACACGUCCUUGUAAUGCCAGGUUGAGUAAGAAGGUGUUUCUACAUCUUGACACUCGAGAAUAAAAUAUGACGAGACAACGAAAUACGACGAAUACAACGAAAAAAGGCGAACAUCGUAAAGUUAAUAAAAUUUAAUAUUUGAUUUCAAAGAAUUCUUAGCAUUCUUAAUAUUUUAAAGUCAAGGAAACAAAGAGGUUGUUUAACUUCUUCUUUCAUUGAUGCUAUCAAGGUCUCGGAAAAAUAUUUAAUUAAAAUAAAAGGAGAACUUAUAAAAAUGAAGUUAUGCAAGUUAAGAAUGAAGAAGAAAAGAAUCUUACUAAUCACGUGGGUAAACCAUAGAUUCUCAUUGGUUCCUGCUUUGUUUGUUAUUUCUCUUGAAGCAUGUGAUUUCGCGUGCUGAAAUUUGAGUGUCAGCAGUUUUCGGUUUCCGCGAUUCAUUGUAAAAGUUUGUAUAUAUGCAUCAAAAGUUAAUUAUGUUUUUCUUUGGAGUUGUCAUUUCAGUAUGUGUGCUAUUUACACUAUGUAUGAGUGUAAAUCCUGUCAAUGACCGGCCAAUUAUUGGCAUUAUUACUGAAGAAGUAAAUUCAACAUUUGUACCGAAUGCAAAAAGUAACAUUUAUGCAUCCUAUGUUAAGUUUCUUGAGGCAGGUGGUGCAAGAGUUGUUCCUGUUAUGAUAUAUAAGUCUAAGCAAUAUUAUCGAGAUCUUCUCAGCAAAAUAAAUGGAGUGCUUUUCCCUGGUGGAGGAAACAUUUUAAGAAGUAAGGGGUAUGGAAGAACAGGGAAACUAGUAUUUGAUAUUGCAACUGAAAUGAAUGAUAAAGGCGAUUUCUUCCCACUGUGGGGAACUUGCUUAGGUUUUGAGUUAUUGAAUUACUUAGCAGCGAAGAAAUUAUGGAUGAAAGCCUGUGCAGCUGAAGAUGUGCCUUCAAAUUUAAAUUUUAUAGAAGGCUUUAAAAACAGUCGUAUGUUUCAAGAUCUUGAUGUGCCAUUGGAAAAAUCUAUGCAAAAUGAAAACGUUACUAUUAAUUACCAUCAGUGGUGCUUAACUCCUCAGAACUAUACAUUAUCUGGACUGAAUAAAUAUUUCAAAGUUCUUGCCUUAAGCCAAGAUUCAAGGAAUUUGACAUACGUAUCUGUUGUAGAAGGGUAUAAGUAUCCUUAUUAUGGUGUUGCCUUUCAUCCAGAAAAAGUAAUGUUUGAAUGGGUGCUUUCUAAAACUCAUCAUAACAUACCUCAUAAUGCUGCGGCUAUACGUGUUUCUCAAUAUUUUGCAAAUUUUUUUGUGAAUGAAGCAAGGAAAAGUACUCACAAGUUUCCUAGCAAAGAAAUGGAAGAUUCUGUUCUAAUUUAUAAUUAUAAUCCAGUUUUCACUGGCAAGCAUGGAAACAAUCCUGUUGUUCAAAAUUAUUACUUUACCUAAAUUGUAUAUUUUUCUAUUUAGCUAACAUAAAACUCUUCAUAAUAGCAGAAUAA